UUUCCAGAAUGCUCCAUUAAAACAGCUUCUCGAGAAUAAUGGAAAUUAUAAAUAAUAAAGUUGCAUUCUUGGGUAUGUAGAGAAAGAGUGGAUCUUGGAAGCACCAUAAAGACUUUUGGGUGAAUCUGGGCCGUUGGAAGUAGGAAGUCUACUCUGUGAGCGGUGGAGAUUUUGGUGGGAGCUGGGGACCCGGAGUUGCCAAGAAAAGAAAAGACGAGUAAUGCCGUCAUUGACAAACGCGCAGAGACAGCGGCAGCAAUCUAAUUCGUAAUCAGAGAGUCACAGCCUCACAUUAAUCUUCUCAAAGUCACCUCCCAAAAUCGGCCCUCGAAAGUUAAAGGUGAGACCUUGCGAACCCUCGUCUUCCUUGUUCAUUUUUCUUUUGGUGGAAAGAAAUGGCAGCAGAGUUGCCGGACGACUUCAAGUGCCCGAUUUCGUUGGAGGUAAUGGCUGACCCUGUUAUUCUAUCAUCGGGUCAUACCUUCGAUCGCGCUUCAAUUCAGCGGUGGCUGGACGCCGGCCACCGUACCUGUCCGAUUUCCAAGCAACUCUUGCCGGAGCCCCUUUCACUCAUCCCCAACCACGCCCUGCGCAGCCUCAUUUCUAAUUAUACACUCGGGUCUUUGCCACAACCGCAAACCCAACCAUUUCCUCCCAGCCCACAAACCCUAAUCCAGCUAUUGUUUUCUCCUUCGUCUUCCUUGGAGGAUAAGAUCAUCUCUCUCGACAAGCUCAGCAGGAUUUCCAAGCACGACUCGGCGAUUCGGCGCCGACUAGCAGAGUCUGGGGCGGCAUCCGCCGCUUUGAACUGUGUCGGCUCCGGCGAACGGGGGCUCCAGGAAAAAGCCCUUCAUUUGCUCCUCAAUCUGAGCCUGGAUGACGACAGCAAGGUGGGGCUUGUGGCGGAGGGGAUCGUUGGGAAGAUUGUUUACGCGCUUCGGUUCGGUGUUGGUGACUCACGCGCCGUCGCGGCUACAGUGUUGACCAGCCUCGCCGUGUUGGAAGUUAACAAGGUUACCAUCGGAUCUUACCCAGAUACAAUUUCGAGCUUGGUGUUUCUCCUCCACGACGGCAAUUCGAGGGAGAGGAAAGAAGCGGCCACCGCUUUAUUCACUCUCUGCUCUUUUCCCGACAAUCGAGUUCGAGCAAUUCAAAACCAGGCCGUCCCAAUUCUAAUCGAGAAUGUCAACUCCGGCCUCGAGCGGGCUGUCGAAGUUCUAGGCCUGUUGGCAAAAUGCAAACUUGGGCGCGAUGACAUGGUGAAUUCUGCUGGACUGUUGGAUAUUCUGAUCGACAUUGUGAGGAAUGGGAACUCCAGGGGCGUGCAAUACGCCCUGUUAACAUUGACCUAUCUCUGCUGUUACAAUGAAACCAUGGCUGUGGAAGCUUUGAAAGAAGGGCUGUUCGAGACCUGUGUCGGCUUAUUGGAAGAUGACAAUGAGAAACUUAGGCGCAAUGCCAACAAUUUGAUUCAGAUAUUGCAGGGGAGGAGAAAGGCUGUAUGAUUUUCUAGAAUCUUGAAGAUGCAAUUGAUUUGAGUUGAGGUGAGGUAUAAAGAGAUUGUAAUUUGAUGAGAAUUGCAUCUUGGAGGUUGAACAGGUAGUUUUUGUCAAUGUUUUUUCCAGUUCUUGGAUAGAUUUUUUGUACAAAGAAUGAAAUACUUCAAAAAAAAAAAAAAAAAAAAGGAUUUCAUGUUCGUUGGAUGGAUUUUUUCUGUUUUUUUUUUUUUUGUGAUCAAUGGAGACUUGAGGCGUCUUCCUAAAGUGACUUCUUCACGAAUGGAUCUUAUUUUAUUAAUUUGUGAUUGGGUAGGCACAUGUGCAAAUCUGCAAGGGGUAAUAUUAUUAUAAUAGUAGAGAUUUGAGUA